GGGGAAAGGGAGGAGCUGCCUGGCGCACGCGUAGUAUGUGGGGCUGGGGAAUUCAUGUGGAGGUCAGAGGGAAAGCAGGUGUGAGAAGGAGUCAUGGCUGCCAAAGUGUUUGAGUCCAUCGGAAAGUUCGGCCUGGCGUUAGCAGUUGCAGGAGGCGUGGUGAACUCUGCUUUGUAUAAUGUGGAUGCUGGACACAGAGCUGUCAUCUUUGACCGAUUCCGUGGCGUACAGGACAUUGUGGUAGGGGAAGGGACUCACUUUCUCAUCCCUUGGGUACAGAAACCAAUUAUCUUUGACUGCCGUUCUCGACCACGGAAUGUACCGGUCAUCACCGGUAGCAAAGACUUGCAGAACGUCAACAUCACACUGCGCAUCCUCUUCCGGCCAGUGGCCAGCCAGCUUCCUCGUAUCUACACCAGCAUUGGCGAGGACUAUGAUGAGCGGGUACUGCCGUCUAUCACCACAGAGAUCCUCAAGUCGGUGGUGGCUCGGUUCGAUGCUGGAGAGUUGAUUACCCAGCGAGAGCUGGUCUCCAGGCAGGUGAGCGAUGACCUCACAGAGCGAGCAGCAACAUUUGGGCUCAUCCUGGAUGACGUGUCCCUGACACAUCUGACCUUCGGGAAGGAGUUCACAGAGGCAGUCGAAGCCAAACAGGUGGCUCAGCAGGAAGCGGAGAGAGCCAGAUUUGUGGUGGAAAAGGCUGAGCAGCAGAAGAAGGCAGCCAUCAUCUCCGCUGAGGGUGACUCCAAGGCAGCUGAGCUGAUCGCCAACUCGCUGGCCACAGCAGGCGAUGGCCUGAUUGAGCUGCGCAAGCUGGAAGCUGCUGAGGACAUUGCGUACCAGCUCUCCCGCUCUCGGAACAUCACCUACCUGCCAGCAGGGCAGUCCGUGCUCCUCCAGCUUCCCCAGUGAGGCCGGCUGGGCCACGGCCUCCAUCAUGCUGAACGACGCCUUCCUUCUGCCCCACCCCAGAAAUCACUGUGAAAUUUAAUGAUUGGCUUAAAGUGAAGGAAAUAAAGGUAAAAUCACUUCAGAUCUCUAAUUAUCAAAUGAAGCUUUUAUUGUUACACUUUUUACCCUCUUUCAUAUCCAAAGUUGCCAAGUGCCUGUGCAGACUGGCCUUCCACCCUAGGCUCUGGCAGUUCGCAGAAAAAAGGCAGGGCAGUGUGUGGUGAUGGGGAGCCUCCAUCCUGCCAUAUAUGGAAGAUUUAAGGACACUGGCACACAUGCUUGAACCAAAAGGCAAGCCCUCGGCUUUCCCAGCCAUAAGAACCUGGACAGAUGCAGCUGGGGAGGGCUAGAGGAAGUGGUCUAUCUUAACUGUAAGGCCCAUUCCCUCUUAACCGUGACCAGCGGAAGCAGGUGUGUGCGACCAGGGCGUGGAGUGAAGAAUCUGCCCAUCAAGGUGGGUGGGCCUAAUGUUGCUGCCCCCACCAGAGUCCUAAAACCUGGAUGGACUUGGACAGGACAAGAGGCCUGGACUGAGAUGUGAGUCCUGUGGAAGACUUCCUCUCCACCCCCCACACCAGUCCUCUCCAAUACCCAAUGGGAUUCCAGCUUGAAGGAUUGCAUCCUGCCGGGGCUGAGCACACCUGCCAAGGACACGUGCGCCUGCCUUCCCGCUCCCCUCUCUCAGAGAUUGCCCUUCCUUCCCAAGGGCUGUGGGCCAGUGCUCCGAAGGAAGCAAUCAAGGAAAGAAAACACAGUGUAAGUCGCUGUCAAUAAAUGACACCCAGACCUUCCAG